UGAAAGAAGAAUUCUAAUGAAUGUCAGAACAGUUUCCUCAACAACGCGCUGAAAGGGAGUCCACAAGGCCCCUGCAGGUCCAGUUCAGUGACUGUCACGAUCGCGGUGGUCAUGUUGAUUGUGGAUCAAGAGACCUGCCACUUAAAGUGCUCCAGCAACGCGCAUCGCGUUAGCCGCGUCCUGCGUGACUUCACAUAAAUCGACUGUUUUCCUCACAUUGAUUCCUCUUCCACUCUCGCGUCCUUCAUCAACACUACCUUUGACUACCGACACCACUUUGUAUUGUCUCUUUGUACUUGGUUGCACAGUCCUAGCAUUGAACAAUGGAUACUCAGAUCACACCCUCGAAGCAGGCGGCUUCAAGCCUCGAGAACCUCAAGUUCAAGGACAGUCCCGUCAAGAAGCUCAACUUUGAUGUUGAAGACAAGGAAAACAUGCCCGUCGCGUCGGAAAUCACGCUGAAGUCUGAGUCGGACUUUGAGAAAAAGCCUGUGGCAGAGAUCAAAUCAGAUGUCGUCGAAGCACCCAAGGCCGCGCCUACUUGGCGAGAGCUGGAGGCUGAGGAAGACAUUCUGAAGGAGAAUCCUCACCGCUUCGUGCUCUUCCCCAUCAAGUUCCACGAGAUUUGGAACACGUAUAAGCGUGCAGAAGCGUCAUUCUGGACAGCUGAAGAGGUUGAUCUAUCCAAGGAUCUUCACGACUGGCAUAACCGUCUGAACGAUGACGAGAGAUACUUCAUUUCUCAUGUCCUCGCCUUCUUUGCUGCUUCCGAUGGUAUCGUCAACGAAAACCUCCUCGAGCGCUUCAGCAAUGAGGUUCAAAUUCCUGAAGCUCGUUGCUUCUACGGUUUCCAAAUCAUGAUUGAAAACAUCCAUUCAGAGAUGUACAGUCUGUUGAUCGAUACAUACAUCAAAGAUAACAAGCAGAAGAGUUAUUUGUUUGAUGCCAUUGACACCAUCCCUUGCAUCCGAAAGAAGGCAGACUGGGCCUUGACAUGGAUCUCUGACAAAAACUCCUCCUUCGCCCAGAGACUUGUUGCAUUCGCUGCCGUCGAAGGUAUCUUCUUCUCUGGAUCGUUCGCCUCCAUCUUCUGGCUCAAGAGCAAAGGUCUCAUGCCUGGAUUGACCUUCUCCAACGAACUCAUCUCUCGUGAUGAGGGUAUGCACACUGACUUCGCAUGCCUUCUCAUGCAACAUCUCAAACACAAACCCAGCCCAGAUCUCAUCAACAAAAUCAUCACCGAGGCUGUCGAGAUUGAGAAGGAGUUCCUCACUGAUGCCCUCCCUUGUGCAUUGCUCGGAAUGAACGCCAAGCUCAUGCAACAAUACAUUGAGUUCGUUGCCGACCGCCUACUCCUGGCUUUGGGCAACAAGCGCUUUUACAAUGCCCAGAAUCCUUUCUCAUUCAUGGAGAACAUCUCACUAGCUGGCAAGACCAACUUCUUCGAGAAGCGUGUCGGUGACUACCAGAAGGCCGGUGUCAUGGGUUCGCAGACGAGCGCCGACAGCAAGUCAAAGGCAGGCUCGCCCUCCGAGGAGAAGAGCGAAGACGACAGCGGUCUCGCCUUCAACGAGGAUUUCUAGAUCUCUUAGCUCUCUCACGAUCAUCUGUUCUACGGCGUUUCACGGAGCACUAACGGAAAGGGUUAAUGGUUUUGCAUGGUAUCUCUACUUCGAAUACCCCUUUACACCAUGGGAAAAG